CCGCCCAUAUCCCGCUAACCGUCUGAUUGUCCAGCCACAAUACCGCAGCCAUGUCUUGGACCGGCUUCAAGAAAGGCGUCAACCGCGCGACCACCCAAGUCCUCAUGAAGACCGGCCAAGUCGAGCGCACCAACGACCGCGACUUCGAGACCGAGCAACGCCGCUACCGCACCAUGGAAACGGCGGCCAACAAGCUGCAAAAAGAAGCCAAAGGCUACCUAGACUCCCUCCGCGCCAUGACGGCCAGCCAAAUGCGCAUCGCCGAAACCAUCGACGCCUUCUACGGCGACGCGGGCGCCAAAGACGGCGUCUCGCGCUCCUACAAGCAAGCCGUGACGGACCUGGACGCGGAAACCAUAAAAGCGCUCGACGGCCCGUACCGCACGACGGUGCUGGACCCGAUCCAGCGCUUCUGCUCGUACUUCCCAGACAUCAACGCGUGCAUCACGAAGCGCGAGCACAAGCAGAUGGACUACGACCGGAUGCGCGCGCAGGUCAAGAAGCUGACGGACAAGCCGGAUAAGGACGUCACGAAGCUGCCGCGCGCCGAGAAGGACGAGCAGCUCGCCAAGGCCGCGUACGACCAGCUGAAUGAGACGCUGACGACGGAGCUGCCGCAGCUUAUUGAUCUACGGGUGCCGUAUCUGGAUCCGAGUUUUGAGGCGCUGGUCAAGAUUCAGUUGAGGUUCUGCGCGGAGGCGUACUCGCGUAUGGCGCAGGUGCAGCAGUAUCUCGAUGCGAACACGAGGGACCAGUACGCGCAGGGCGAGCUGGAUGCAAGAGUCGAGGAGGUGCUGCAAGAGAUUCGGGAUCUGAGCAUUGCGGGCACGGUUUGAUCAGCUCGUGCGGUGGUUCAGGGUUCUCUAGGCGCCAUAGGGCUAACACAACAUGCGAGCGACUUGGAAAAUGAAGAACCCGGUGAUAUAAUGCCGAGUCGAGACCAUUGCGAGGGCGUACGGUUACGGACUGAGGUCUUACAGCAUUUCUGAGGCUUUAGGUUCAUGGGGUUUAGGGAUUAUAACGUCGGGAUAUCCAAUUCAUAAACUUCGUUCACAUUAUACUCUGAACUGCAUACUGAUUGCGUAUCC